AGUGGAAUCGCCAAGAUGACCAGCCCUGUUAACCCAUGAACAUCCACGAGCUUGGUGAUGUUCCCAUGCAUACUCACUGCAUAGAAGCUUUCAUGGCUCAAGCCAUCGCGACAUGGGUCCCAGAGGCUGACCUUGGCGCACUCGAACGCGAGAUUUCUACGAUUGAUACCGGCGAUAUAUAACGGGGCCAUGAUACCCUCGAGUGCCAUGGAUCGAUCUGACCCAGUCUUCUACUGACCCUGGAACUUGGAGUUCGCGACCAAGACAUUUGCUCUGCGCGCCAAUCGGAAUACCCGGGACCAAUGGGUAAAGUCGCUUCUCUCGCCGCCCUGGCGGCAUCCUUCACCGUGGUUGCUGGCCAGACCUACCAGCGUCUCGGUGCCUGCCCGUCGCUCGGCUGUGUGCUUCCCCCGGAUCAAUCCGACUUCCUCCCUGGUCAGUACUUCGACCUGCGUGUCGAGGUCCAUGCUCCGGUCAAUGGGUCUGAGGCCUACAAUGACGGCAAGCCGGAUGAGAAAUUCUCUGUCACUAUCACCAAGGAGGGUGGCAAGGCACAGGACAUUGCUAAGUUCUUCGACAUUGAGGAGCCCGAGCUUGAGAAGUGGGAUUUCUCAUGGUAUGAGGACCUAUAUGCUGAGGACGCCGAUGCACCCUCUGUCGUUAAUGUUGCUGCCAAGGCCUACCGCCGAUUGGCCCUCUACGAGCCUGGCACGUAUCACGUUGAGUUGAGCUACUAUGGUGACAAGACCACUCGUGCUGAGUGGGUUGUGCGACCUCUGGCUACCAAGAAGAAGGCUAAGAACGUCAUUCUUUUCAUUGGUGACGGAAUGACCACCAACAUGAUCACGGCUGCCCGCCUCAUUGGCCACAAGAGCAUCAACGGAAAAUACCAGUCCCUUCUCCAGCUAGACAAGUUCCCUGUGCUUGGUCACCAGAUGACACACUCGCUUGAUACCUACAUCACCGAUAGUGCUAACUCGGCCUCUGCUCUGUACUCUGGCCAUAAGAGCACCGUUAAUGCCAUGGGCGUCUACGCUGACUCUUCCCCUGAUCCCUUCGACGACCCUAAGGUCGAGACUAUUGUUGAAAUCCUGCGACGUGUCUGGGACUCUGCCUGGGGUGCUGUUUCAACAGCGCAGAUUGCUGAUGCCACUCCAAUUGCCCUAACCGGCCACUCCCGCUCUCGUUACCAGUUCGGAGCUCUAGUCGACCAGGCCCUCAACUCCGUGACGAACUACACCUGGACCAACCAGAAGGGCCCUGAUGUCUGGUUUGGCGGUGGUGCUGAACAAUUUUAUCCCGGCAAGGAUAGUUACAAGGGAGAAGACUACUACGCCAAGUUCGCCGACGCCGGCUACGAUAUCAGCAUGAACAAGACCUCGUUGCUCGAGCUCGGUAACAGCAGCAAGGCGCUCGGAAUCUUCUGCCGCUCGAACCUCCCUGUCUGGCUCGACCGCAACGUGUACACAGACAACUUGGCCGACUUCACCAACGACCCCACUGGUGCUGAGGGCCCUGCUCUCGAUCUCCCCGGCCUCAAGGACAUGACUCUGAAGGCCAUCGAUAUUCUGCACAAGCGAGGUGGUGACAAGGGUUUCUUCCUCAUGGCCGAGGGUGCCUCCAUCGACAAGCAGAUGCACGCUCUUGACUACGACCGUGCUCUUGGUGACCUCCUCGAGCUCGACGACACGGUCCGCGCCACCAUCGCCCACCUCAAAGCCAUCGGCGAGCUCGAGAACACGCUCGUCAUCGUGACGGCCGACCACGGCCACGGCUUCGACGUCUUCGGCGGCGUCGACACCAAGUACCUAUCCGAGCAGUCCACGAACCGCGCCAAGCGCCGCGCCGUGGGAACCUACCAGAACUCGGGCCUAUCCCAAUACACCGACGCCGCGCCAGGCGUCUCGUAUAACACGGGCGCCCACUUCCCCGUGAACUGGGACCCGCGGUACACGCUCGCGCAAGGCUUCGGCGCCAUGCCCGACCACCGCGAGAACUUCCGCGUGCACAAGAACGGGCCGCGGACCCCUGCCGCGGAAAUCGAGGGCUUCGAUGAAGACGAUAACUUCGCGAACCCCGAGGAUAAUCCGGACGGUUUCGUGGUCAACGGUACUUUGGCUACGGACGAGGCAUCGGGCGUCCACUCGCUUACUGAUGUCCCUGUGUUCGCCAUGGGUCCUUGCCAGGCUAGCUUUGGCGGCGUCUAUGGAAAUAUUGACAUUUUCUACAAGAUUGCUAGCUGUCUUGGUCUGGGCCGUCCGGAUGCUAAGGCUGGCGGUGACCCUGGGAAGCCGAGUUGCAGCAAGUCGCACGAAUAAGUACCCGUUGGGGCUAAUGUGUAAUUUUAAUCUUUUAGAAGUUGAAAGUGUGGGCUUUUCGCGCUGAAAUUUUCUUGUAUAUAUAUACUUGGUGUUGACUUAUGUACUGCAAAUCUUGCGAAGGAA